AUGCAACAACCUCCUGGUUUUAAAGACAGUAACUAUCCAUCGCAUGUUUGGAAGUUGAAUAAAGCUGUCUAUGGGCUGAAGCAGGCUCCAAGAGCAUGGUUUGACAAAUUCAGCUCCUUUCUUUUGAAGUUUGGCUUCGAGUGCAGCUUCAAGGAUCCAUCUCUGUUUGUUUACCUCAAGAACAAUGACAUCAUCAUCCUAUUACUCUAUGUUGAUGAUAUGGCUCUUACUGGAAACAAUCCACAGCUGAUUAAUGCGUUACUACAAUCGAUGAAUGAUGAGUUCCGUAUGAAAUACCUUGGAAGAUUAAGCUACUUUCUUGGUCUACAGGCACACUAUAACACCGAUGGGAUGUUUCUAAAUCAACAUAAAUAUGCAGAGGAACUGCUUUUGGCAGCACGCAUGACAGACUGUGCUCCUGCUUCCACACCGUUACCUCUCGAGCUUCAAAAGGUCAAAGGACAGGAUGACCUCUUUGAUCAACCUACUCAUUUUUGCAGUCUGGCUGGUAAGCUCCAGUACCUUACUCUUACACGACCGGAUAUUCAAUUUGCAUUAAAUCUUGUCUGUCAACGUAUGCACGCACCUAUUGUUGCUGACUUCACUCUGCUCAAGCGUAUAAUCCGAUAUAUCAAAGGCACUAUUGACUAUGGUGUCUCCUUCUCCAAGAAUGUAGAUUUCACAUUAAGAGCUUACAGUGAUAGUGACUAUGCGGGUUGUUAA